AUUUAGACCCAAUCGGCAAAGAGAUAAAUAUGUAUUUAGUGAAACUGAGAUGAUACUGGCAGGAGGAAAACAGGGAGGUACUUGGCUUCUUAACGUGGAAAAAUAUGAUAUAGAAGGCGUUUUAACAGCAGCUCCAAACUUGUCGUAUAGAAGAUCUGGGCCUGGAUGUAUUAUGUACAACGAAGAAGUUUAUGUAGCGGGUGGAUACAAUGCAGGAAGCCGUCUUUCUGAUGUGGAGGUUUUUGACCUCAAAACAAAUGUAUGGAGAAUAAUCAGCAAGAUGAAUAAUGAGCGAGAAUUUCCAGGGAUUUUUGUGUAUGAUAACCAACUUACUGUGUUUGGAGGGUAUGGCACCGAUCCUAGGUCAAUUGAAGUUUACAACGGAAUAUCCUGGGAGAACUCCAAAGAUACUCUUACAAAAGAUUUUUAUCAAGGAGUUUUGGUUGGUGCAAAAUGUCCAGUCUAAAAUAGAAAAGGGUUUUAUGAAUGAUUACAUAUGCAACAUUUCACGUUGAUUAAAAUUUAAAUUUCAAAUUAGAUUAUAUAUAUAUAUA